AUGCCUCCCACGGUCAUUCUGAUUAGACACGGCCAAGCUCUGCACAACGUCAAUCAUAAAAUACCAUGCCUGACGCGUCCUGCACAAGAAUAUGAUAUCCCCGAUCCGGCGCUCACAGAGCUGGGGCAGCAGCAAUGCCGCAAGCUCGAGCAGCACCUCCGUCAGCAUCUGCCGCUCGCUGACAAGGUCGAGCGCAUAAUCUCUAGUCCUAUGCUUCGUACCUUGGAGACUACCACUCUGGGUCUGGACUGGCUUAUCAAAAGGGGUGUCCCUGUAGAAGCCGCUGCCCUCUGGCAAGAGAACUCGGACAAACCCUGCGACACUGGCAGCCCUCUCUCGGACAUGAAACCACAAUUCCCAAACUUUGACUUCUCCAAGGUCGAUCCUCUGUGGCCUUCCAAGACCGGCCCUUACGCCUUCACACGUUCUGCAACCAUCGCUCGCGGCCAAUCCUGCCUUCGUGAUCUACACUCACGCAAGGAAAAGGUCAUUGCGGUGGUUUCGCAUUCUGGCUUUUUGAGAUGUGCAAUCAGUCUUUGCAAGUAUGCCAAUGCUGAUUAUCGCAUCUUUGACUUCAAGAAUACAGAGCCAGGCAAGGACCUAGAGUUGAAGGAGUGGAAAGAGACAGAGGAGAAUGGAGGUGGUCUUGGUGAGAGUGAGAAAGGAAGGGCAGACAUUGAGGACUCUGACUUCCCAGAGGAACAGGCUGAAGAGGUCAAGCAGCAGUUGGGUGGCAAGACUGAUAGUGAGGCCGCGGGAGAGGUUCCUGAGAAGUAG